GAGAUAUAGAAAACUAGUAUUCAAAGAAAAUAAAAGGCAUUGUCCUAGCUGGAUGUUCCUGGCCUGAAGCUUGAGGAACUUUGGGAUUAUUAUUGUCUUUUUAUGAGGAUUUUACAGUAUAUCCUCUCCUUUUAAUAAAUAAAAUGGAGAAGGCGGUAGCUACUGCUUUUGAACUCUCCUUAAUGGAUGAGGUCAGAUAAAACUCAACACGAUAGGAUCUACCCUACUCAUGCUUUUAUUACAUUUGAGCUUCUAAUUAAUCUCAUAAAGCAUAUGGGAUGUACAAAACUUGAAAUUGGUACCAUAACUCCGAGUUGAUACCCAACUACAUAACAUAUUCAUAUUACCACUUUUUUUUUAUAUAUAUAUAGAACUUUCCUAACUCCUGAACAAUUUUAGUGCAUGUUUUGUUUUGGAACAAUGAAGUGAGAGCUUUGGCAACCUUUGAAAGUCCAUUGAUUGGCCCGAAGGAUGUUCGGGAAGUCGCAAGGAGACAAAGACGAUUUUGCACACAAACAGCUAGCUGGGAUGUGGGUUCGUUUUCCAGCCCAAUUAUACUCUGCCAUAACAGCAAAUUCACUGGGAGCUGAUGGAGGAGAAAUACUGAGAGACUCUUGGGCUUCAUGGCAUCCCGAAGGAUGCAUUCAUAAUUUCAUAUAUUACUUCUCCUCCUCCUCCUCCUACCAUGUAUGUUUGUAACCUUAAAAAGAACUGUACGUUUGUGACAUUGUCUAAAACUAAAAACUAGUACAUUUUCAUUUUCACUACAAAUUUAUAUUAAAGUGAAAUUUUUAAAUUCGAUAAUCAUUUUGGGACUUGUGAGUAUCAACCUUCAUGCUACCUUCUCUGGUCGCGCUUCCCUUAUUGUCAAUAAGCAAAUGCAUGAUUUCCCACCAUCUUUUUUACCCUCAAAACCAAAUAAAAACAAAAAAAAAAAAAGACUUUGAAUUUCAUUUUCCAUCUCAUUUACAGAUUAAAGUGUUGAACUUCCUCCUCCUAAUGGUAAUUUGCCCUUUUACAUCAUCACAUUGUAGUAUUGAUGGGCUACCUAGCUUACAUCAGUUUAUACUGUUUGUGUGCUUUUUUAAUGGUUGUAAGUUGUAACUUGGUAAGUGUAUCCCACUAAAAGUUAGUAGACUUAUAGUGAUCAGAAUGGAGAGAGAAGAGCAGCUGGGUAGGUGGGAUCUCCAAAAGGAAGAACCCUUUUUCACGUUGGGACAAUCAAAAUCACGAUUUGAACAAAAUGGGGAGGACCCUUUUGUUGUUAGCAUUGGUGGAAUUGGCAUUUAUGCUGAAAACAAUGCCAAUAAUCAUCAUAAUGUAAUACCCGUUGCUGCUGCUGCUGUUGAUGAUGACAAGAUUAAAGUUGUUGUUGAUCAAGAAGGCAAAGAAGAAAAGUUGGCCGGAGUUACCCAGGUUGAAGUUGAUGAGAUUCAUCAUCAUCGCAGCGGCAAAGUGGAAGCUGCUGAUGACCCAACCAAAUCCAAUGCUUUUGCUUCUUCUUCUGUCUAUUAUGAUCCAAACGAAGGAAGUAAAUCGAAUUCCACGCAUUGUAGAGAACAACAUGCCAGAAGAAAACCUGGAGACACAAAAGAUUCUAACUCAGCAAGCCUUCAGCAUUCUGAAAUUCUACCCAAGUAUGAUGGCACUAUCAUAAGUAGUAGCAAGUCUGUGGGAAAUAAUGAUGAAAGUGAAGAUUUUGACCUGAUUAAUGGAAGUGAUGCGGGAAUAGAAGUAGAUUUGGAGAAUUUACUAGGGAAGCAAAACACACAUGAUUUGUAUUGUCCAAACUGCAAUUCCUGUAUUACGAGAAGGGUGAUUCUGAAAAAGAGAAAACGGAAGGUUCGUGUUACUAGUGAGGAUGGAAAGCGUAACAAACAGGAGGCUACUGUGGUUGGCUCAAGCAGUGGGGAUCUGAAUUCUAGAGAAAUUCAGUCAGAUGUACCUACUGUAGAAGAACUUGUGGGAAAUGACUAUGAACAUGAUGAGAGAAAGCCCGAGAUCUUCAGAUGUCUAUCGUGCUUCAGCCUAUUCAUUCCCACAGGAAAGGGUUUUACAAUCUUUGGAAUGUUUCCGAACAAGGGUGAGAACAAAGCUCUCCAGAAACAGCCAAGAUCUGUGAGUAAGAACUGGAUAUCUUCGAUAUUUAGAUCACAUGAAAAGCCAAUAUCAGGAGAUAUUGACAUUAGAUCGGGCAAUGCGCUGACAACUAGCACUGUAUCACCCCUUCCCUCAUCAUCCAAAUUGGAUGCUCAAGCUCAAUCCUUAGGAAAGCAGAAAGACGAUCUUUCACAUAUCUGCGAACUCCCGGGGCCUGGAAAAAGUGGAAUUGUUUACAAAUCUCAAAAUGACGUAGAGAACUCACGCGAUUUAACAAAAGAAGAAUUGGUCAAUGGAAAGGAGACUUCCCGUGUUGGAGAUAAAUCUGAAAGUGCACUUGGAAUAAAUACAGUUGCUUCCACAAACGAGCACUUUGAGGCAGUAGCAGGCAGUCAUGGAAGCCCAUCAAAUAUCUUCAUUUCUUCUGAUGCAAUUCCUGUUGAUGGUGGGGAACUACAGGAAAAUGUUAUGUCAGUUAGCACACAAGAUGGACGUAAGCUUCUGAUCUCUUCACGAGGCAAUGAUUCACCUACACGCAAGAAGGUGGCCAUGGUCCAAAAUUCUGACCUGACAAUGCAAACUUCCUCCAAAGGCAAGGAUACAGUUAUAGUAAUAGAACCCAACGCAACUGUCUGUGAAGUAGCUACACAACAGUCACGAAACAUGCACAUCUCAGAAGAUACUGGGGACUCAGCACGUUCAGAUAUGGUUACUUCUGUAACCGAGCAAAGACGAGCCAAUGUUAGAGAAUCAUAUGGAAUUGACAUUAUAAAGAGCCUUGUUUAUGGCGGCCUAAUUGAGUCCAUUGUCAGCCUAGGUAUUGUAUCAUCUGCAGCUGGCGGUGGUACAGCAACAUUGAACAUUUUGACUCUAUCACUGGCUAAUCUGUGCGGCGGAGUUGUCCUCAUAUUUCACAAUCUUAAGGAAUUGAAGAAAGAGCCAAUGAGCGAUGAUCACCCCAUAGAUCGAUAUCAGGAACUACUGGGACGCCGUGAGAACUACUUGCUUCAUGCAACUGUCGCCAUCCUCUCCUUCCUGAUCUUCGGGUUAAUACCUCCGACAGCUUACACCUUGUCCUUCCAGAAGACAAGCUAUAGUAGUAAUGCUAGGGAUCUCAAGAUGCUUGCAUCUGCAUCCUCAGCUCUGGGGUGCAUACUGGCGCUUGCGACUGGGAAAGCUUACGUUCAGAUGCCUCCCAAAGCGUAUGUGAAAACCAUAGCAGAAUUCAUCCUCAUGGGAUUCAUGGUGUCUGGGAUUUGUUAUCUGGUUGGUGAGCAACUCGAUAGGUUAUUGCAUUUCCAGACGACCUCUGAUGGCCUUUUAGGCUUACCACACACGAUGACAACUUCUACCGGCUUCAAUUGGGCGACGUCCUCUGCCAAAAGAGAAUAACAUGAUUGCAAACUCUGGCUCCCCAAUUUUUUUGACGUUUGAGAAGACAUUCCAUUGAGCGUGCAACUGAGUUAGGAGAAUAAAACCUCAGCUGGAUAGAGAAGAAUUUCUUUUCCAUUAGGUUCUCCCAAAUGCUGACUUUAAAGGAUAAUAUCAAAAGAAUAACAUUUUCAUGCAGGAAGCAAAAUGCUUCAUCAUCACAAAAUAAAUAUUCAAACUCCCAACUUCAGAGAUGAGAAGCAUCGUGCACCACCAUGGCAUGGCUGCUCAAUCUCUCACAGUUUUCGUAGUUUUGUAUCACUUUAGUACCUCCAUCCCAAUGAAAGAAAACACUAUCCAAGUAUCCAAAUUACCCAUACACACUCAUAAAAGUCCUUAACCUCUGUUUUGGGGUCCUUUUUUUGCAAAAUAGCACGUGCACACUUUCUUUUGGCUCUGCAAAACAAAAGACAGCCACAAUUCGCUCAAGGAGCUGCUAAGAACUAAAACAGACUUAAACCUAGAACAGCCACAAUUCCAACAUGUAAAACACAAGGGAGCAAGAAGACGAACAAUGAAUACAAUGAAGAUUGAUCAAGCAUCAACAAAGACCAAAAAUAUUUUGCCUAGAUUCAGCAUCAAAUACCAAACAUACAAGGAAAACUUUACUACGGGAAAUCCUCCGGUUGAAGCUAUCGAGCAAAAAAAUGGUUUUAGACAACAUGACUUUUCUUCAAAAAUUAAUAACUAAACCAGGAGGUGUACUACUCAGCCCACACGCCUCGGUACUCUACAGAAUUCAAAAGUCUGUCAGAAAUUAUCAGGAGCAAAAGCCCUUCCAUAUGCAACAGUAUUUGAAUGAAGGCCACGAGGAGAACAUAGGACCUAUCUUGAUCAUGUUCUUGGAACUACUACAGUGUAAACACAAUCAAGGAAGCAAGCUCCUCCUGUGAACCUAUUGACACUUGCUAGAUCCCUGACGAUCCAAUUCUUGCUUGCUUUUGCCUUUCUUCAUCUUGGCUUUAACCCGUGACUUGCUUACCAGGGUUUGCACCGUGUUGGCAAAAUUCCCAACCGCCAUAAUUAUCAAAAGUAUACCACAUGUGAUUACCUGCCAUAGCACAACUGAAUGUUAAAAUAACAAACAGAUCUUACAAACGUUGCAGCCCCACCCAGACCCAAAAAAUAAUAGAAGUAAAGAUAAACAUCCUCCAGUGAAAAAUUUUAGAUGUAACUUUACACAUCAGACUAAUUCACCUGCCACUCAGAUGUAACACCAACCAAUGCAGUUUUAAGCAACAGGAGUCCGACAUACGCUUCAAACCCCUGAAAUAAGGAGUUAACAAGCCAUCAUUUUCCAAAGAUGAGCAGCAUAGUUAAAACACAAUUACAUUCAAGACAACAUCUGCUACCAAAUACACAUCCAUUCUAUCGGCGAUCAAGACACAGUGACAAUAGUUGGGUUGUGCCCAAUUGUGGUGCCAUUGGGUUUGUGUUUAGGUUUAAUUUCACAUUCCGAAAACAGAGGAAAGCAAGUAACUCACAUGGAUGCCUAAUGACAAAAUAAAAUGAUACUUCAACACAUGGAAAAAAAAAACACGUUUGGCAUUGUGCACUUUAACAAC